AUGGUAGUGACUCCUAAGUUAGGAUCUCCAAUCGAAUUGCCAGUUCGAGGAGUCCCGCGGCAUAUGACACUACCCCAAACUCUAGACAUUCAGUCAGAUUUCGUGAAGUCUGGGUCCCCUUACGACCAGCUAAACCGCUUCUUCGUCGGCCUGUCACCGACUUGGGGACCUGUCAGUGCUAUUAAGUUUUCUGAAGGCUCCAACUUGGCCUACGUGUACCAAGAACGGAUCGAAGAAAGGGACCUACAGGCUGGAGACUUCAAAGAAACAUCUCAUCUGAAUCUGGUCAACUUGAAAGAGGUAUUCAUUGCGAAACAGAACGUCUUUUUCCUUUAUGAUACCUGGGGUAUCUCGCUAGAGGAGAUUUAA